AUGACCUACGCACGCAUGGUGCUAAGGUGGCAGUGCAUGAUCCAGGCUGCGGUCGUCCUGAUCAUGCACCUGAUGCUGACUAGCUUGAGCAUUGCACAUUUUGUGCACGCUUCUGGGGCUGUGGGAGCCUCGAGGCAAAAAAUUCGUCUUAGCAAAUGGCUGGCUCGUUCUUCUGCGGUGCCGGCUGUGGUUGCAUGGAUAGGCGGGCGGAGGUGGACCCGGCGGAGAUACUGCCGGUGGCGCCGUCGCCGCAUAGCUUGGUUUGCUUGGUGUUUGUCAUGUGGGAUGACGGCACGACGAGCUCAUGAUGAUGAUGUCCCUGGCGGUGGCCCUCGGGAUCCUCUACGAGGUGGGGCUGCUGGCUGGGAAGCGCAGGAGCAGGCGCAUGAUUAUUGGAGAGGUGGUGGUGGUGGACUUGGAGCCAAGGUCACCAGCCGGCGCCGAGGAGAGCGGUUCAUGGAGGCUUUGUCACAGCUGUGGACCCAGUUUGGCGGCGACUUUGAGGAUGAAGAGUACGAUGCCGAGCCCGACCCCUGGGCUGGUUUCUACAAGGACUUGGAGAACUUGGUGAGGCAGCGGCCCAAGGAUCCGUUGAAGGCUUUUGGCAAGCUCCUCCGGCGGCAUGCUGCUGCGGGCGAUGGUGGCAAUGCUGGCUGGGAAAGGCAGACUGACCCUGCUCAGUGGGCCCAGCACGGCUGGGUCGAUUGGUCCGAUGCACAGGAUUACGGCUAUGGUGCGGAAGGCUCGUCCUGGGAGGCUUGGCCUUCGCAAGGCCAGGACUGGGCGGCUACGCAAGAUCACUUUGAGGUGGAGGGUGAUGCUGGCGAUCAUGGCGAUGGCUGGCAGCAGGUCUCUAGAAAGAAGGGGGCCCCGAAGCAGGCAAAGCCUUCUACGGCUCCUGCCCGGCAGGUCUUGGCUGAGGAGCCCAAACGGCGCCACCGUCGUGGCCGCGCUGCUGGGCGAGAGGCUCCAAUUUCGGGUGGGCAGCUUGCGCCUGCAGACUGGCAGCCCCGACCGGAGGAUUGGGGAGCAUCUACUCGGAUGGUGAAGCGCUGCCGCGAGGCUAUCGAGGCCCUCGAGGCUGAUGAGGACGCCUCGCUCAUUGCCUACCCGCAGUCCGAGGACGAGCUUGAGCUUUUUCGAACCUUUGUUCAGGGAGCUGCGGUCGACACCGCCUUUGCCGUUGUCAUUCUUAAGGGCCACUUCGAGGACACCCGUACAGCCUGCACGGAAUUGGAGUGGGAGGAAAAGCGGAUCCCGGGCAUUUGGCGCAACCAGCUCCGAGUCGUCAAUGCGUGGGUCGGAUCCCAUGGUGCUUCAGCUCCCAAGCUGACUUCGCAAGCUGUGCCGGUGACCGCACCGACCGGCCGUGGUGAGACGUGUGUCUUGCGUGUGCAUGCUGAUGCGUGUUUCUUUGGGCAGGGGCAUUGGGGCCCUGCAAAGGCUCAGCCUGGCUCGGCCUUUCGACGCUGGGCACAAGGUGCUUGUGGACGUGUCCAUGAUACCUGGGCCUGGGAAUUGGUGGACGGGCCUGCUGGGCGACUUCUUGGCAUCCAAGGCCUGGUCAGGGUUCCUUCUUCGCAAGUUUCGGCAGUGCUCCAGGCGAGUGGCACGGCAGUUGGAGGCGAUCGCUGGUUUGUGCAACCACUGACAAAGAACCACUCGCUCCCCGACAUCCCUGUCAUGAUCACUGAUUGGGUUGCAUGGCUUCCUGAUGAAACGUGGGAAGCCUAUGCUUUGCGCUGCAGCAAGCAGGCUCAUGGUGCGCCGUUCGGCAUUGCAAGGGGCACGAGAAACCUUGGCAUCAGGCGUCCUGUUUCUCCUGAGGAUGCGCCUGGCACCCGCCUGGUCAAGCGCCGAUGGCGCCUCUCAGCUGUCCCGCGGGAGUGGGGAUAUGAGCAGGUCGAGGCCUUGCUCAUCCAAGCCGGCUUUGGGCAGGCUGAACUUCGUGAGAAAGUGCCGGGCCGUGGCGGCACCACGUGGAUCUUUGCUGCCGAGAUGGACGUCUCCUCCGAUUUCCGGGUCCUAUCUGAUGGCACUAACAACUUUGAGGCUACGCGGCUGGGGCGCAAUCACAAGGCUUCUGAGACCCGUGCCUUGCCGAGCGAGUGGAGGCAGCACUUCGGGCCAAAGCUUUCCCAGAAGGACCGCAAGGAAGGCCGCCGUGCGGGCCCUGCUCCGGCGCCUCCUGCGGGCCCUGCGGCCCAAGCACCUGUGACUGCUGAGCAAGCUUCGUCGGCUGCCGAUGACUCUAUGGGUACGCUGGCCACUGCUGAUGCUGGGCGCACGGACGAUGGAAAGUCCGCUGGCCUCGCUGGGAGCGAGGCUCCUGCUAAGAAAUCUCGUGCCGGUGCUGACGCGGCAAGAGGAGUGCCUUUAGGCAUGCGUUUGCAAGACAACGCAUCGGACGGCAAUUGCCUAUUUCAGGCUGUAGCAGACGUGCUGCAGGAUCAGGGCAGAACGAAACGGACGGCUUCGGAGAUGAGGACCUUGGCUGUGACCCAUCUUAGGCGGCAUCAACGGAGUUUCCAAGGAUUUUGGCGUGGAGACGCCCCCGACGCCAAUGGCUCGUGUAUCGCCUCCCAAGGCUUCGGAGAAUAUCUCACUAGGCUUGCCCAACCGGGCGCUUGGGGGGGCAGCCUCGAGCUGUCUGCCCUGGCCAACACCCUCGACCAGCCGAUUUUCAUUUGCCGUCCAGAUGAUGAUGGGCUGAGGGUUUUCAAUCCAGCGGGCAAGGGCAGAGCGAUUUGCCUUUGGUUUGAGAAGAGGCACUACCAGGCUGUUGUUGGAGGUCCGGUGCCCAAGCAGGACAUCGCCGAUGCGAAGCCUGCUGUGAUUGGCUUGGCUGCGGACCGCGGAGGUGGACCGUCUUCGUGUGCUGCGAGCUCUCUUGGUGGCCGAACUGGUGGUGGUGCGGCUAGCAAGCUGGGUGGCAUGACUCCGGGCUCCUGUGCGGGCCUGAGCAAGCUUGGAGGGCAGACUGCUAGCAAGGCCCCGAGCACUCUGGGGGGACGGUCUGCUGCUGGUCCUUCUGUGGGCGACGGCCGCGGCCCUGACUUCGGCGACUUCGCAGGCGAGACGGUUGAGGCUGUGGAACCGCCCCCUGUUCCUGCAUGGCAACGGCCGGCGAGAGCCUCUUCUGUGAAGUGGCGCAAGCAGUCUCCGUUUGUCUUCGGCGACAAGGUCUUCUUUAAGUGUGAGUUCUGCCCCUUCCAGAUCGAAUGCAGUACGAGGAGCAUUGCCUCAGGUGUGCGAAAUCGGCAUUGCACCAACCAUCAUGGCGGGCGAGGUCUCCCUGGCGCCCUUCGCGUCGACACCUCAUCCUUUUGCAAGAUCAAGGCAGGGACGGCCACAGACUGGAUGUGCCCGUGCUGCAGGUACGGCCUCCCUGAAGGUGCUAAAGCUGCGCUCUCCAAGAGCGCUUUCCAGGCUGGAGUCAAGCGACACCGGCAAGCUGCUCACCCUGGGGUCCCCAUCAAGGAAUGGAAGUCCCGCAACAUUGCCGUGAAUGUGGGCAAGCCAGCGAAGAGGAGGCUUGCCAACCAGCGACUUCGAGUCACGAUCCUCUCCAAGGGCCCCCCGAAGGUCCCCGUGGGUGCCUUUGAUGUCUUUCGGUGGCCUCAGAUCCACCCUCGGCGCUGGCAGCUCCAAGGCCGGAAGUGCAAGCGUUUAGUGCUGCGACUCACACAUGCUUUCCGAUGCAAGGGUUGCCUGUGCUCAUUUGGGACGGCUCUGUCUGCAAAUCGACACAACUGUCGGGGCGCCGAUGAGAGGGUGAGAGUGACCACCAAGCGCCACCUGCGGCGCCUCAAGAUUGAGGAGCGCCGCUCUGCCAAGCUUUCGCAUGGGUUCACCUCUGCCGAGCAUGCCAAGCUCUUCUCCAUCGCGCGGGAGUUCAUUUCGGGGGCUGCGGGUUCUUCGUCAUGA